UCUUUAGUUAGACAUGGAUUUUGAUCCUCUAUCAUUAUUUACGCCUAAUUCAGAUAAAAUUAAUGAUAAUUCAGUUGAAUAUUAUGAUCUGACAGAGUCUUCACAGAAAUACAUACCGUUAAAUAUUGAUCAUACUGAAGAUGAGCAUGAAGACGAUGAUCCUCCAUUACAUAUUCUAGAUUUACCUUCACUUCGGCUACAACCUCCUAAAGAAGUUCUAGUCACUCUAUUGAAACUAUUAGCACCAGAAGAAGUUCGAAAUUUUAAUUCCAAUGCUCAAGUUUCAACUAAUAUUCACUUAUCACCUCAAGAUAUCUUUAUUAAGAAAGGUCUUGAUAUUAAUACAGUUGAACAAGCAUUAUCUUGGUUUCAGAUUUAUGGUACUAGAUUUAAUUCAGAUAAGAAAUUAUCAUCAGUUCCUGAUCUCAGUUAUUCCUUAAAACAAGAUAGUGGUUAUAAUGCAUACUUGACGAGAAUAAUAUCUAGUGACCUUAAUUGGAUUAAUGAUGAUAAUGAUAGACAAUUCAUUUAUAAAGAAACUUCAUUAAGAAUUAGUGAAAAUUGUGGAAGAACGGCCCAACCAGAAAUAAUACGUAGAAUUGAAAUUAAUAACUUAAAUCAAUAUGAUUAUGAUUUUAUUUCUUUAAAGGAACCUUCCUUAACCAGUGAUAACUUAGGUUUAAAAACUUGGGGUUCAUCUUUGAUCUUGGCCAAUAGACUCAUUAAUCAACAGAAGAAUAAACAUUACUUAUUGGAUAAUGUAUUAGAACUUGGUUCAGGAACAGGAUUGGUGGGUAUGGCUUGUUCCAUUUUAGGAUAUACCACUUGGCUUACAGAUUUACAAGAAAUAGUUCCUAAUCUUCAAGACAAUGUAGAAUUAAAUAAGAUUAAUGCUCAUGUUGAUGAAUUAAAUUGGUGUGAUCCUAUAUCCUUUACUGAAAAGUAUGGUCAAGAUAUAACAUUUAAUACUAUUGUUGUAAGUGAUCCCAUAUAUUCUCCACAACAUCCAUACUGGUUAGUCAAUAUGAUUGAAAAAUUUUCUGCUUUAGAUAAGAGUAAAUCUCGUGUACUAAUUCAAGUACCAUUAAGGCCAAAAUAUGAACAGGAAAGAGAAGUAUUAUGGAAUCUUAUGAAGAAUAAAUUCCAUGAAAUAGAAUCAGAAAUUGAAGAUGGAUAUGAUGAUUUUGGGGAAAUGAAAUUUAUAUUUAAAUUGUAUAUUAGAAAUUAAUAGAUUUUACACAUACAUGUAUAUAAGCAAC